UGGAAGGGGGGGAAAGCGUCCAAACUGGAAGGGGGGGAAAGCGUCCAAACUGGAAGGGGGGGAAAGCGUCCAAACUGGAAGGGGGUGAAAGCGUCCGAACUGGAAGGGGGUGAAAGCGUCCGAACUGGAAGGGGGGGAAAGCGUCCGAACUGGAAGGGGGGGGGGAAAGCGUCCGAACUGGAAGGGGGGGGGAAAGCGUCCGAACUGGAAGGGGGGGAAAAGCGUCCGAACUGGAAGGGGGGGGAAAGCGUCCGGACUGGAAGUGGGGGAAAGCGUCCGGACUGGAAGGGGGUGAAAGCGUCCGGACUGGAAGGGGGUGAAAGUGUCCGGACUGGAAGUGGGGGAAAGCGUCCGGACUGGAAGGGGGGAAAGUGUCCGGACUGGAAGUGGGGGAAAGCGUCCGGACUGGAAGUGGGGGAAAGCGUCCGGACUGGAAGUGGGGGAAAGCGUCCGGACUGGAAGGGGGGAAAGUGUCCGGACUGGAAGUGGGGGAAAGUGUCCGGACUGGAAGGGGGGGAAAGUGUCCGGACUGGAAGUGGGGGAAAGCGUCCGGACUGGAAAGGGGGGAAAAUGUCAGUGCGUCUUAUGGAGCGAAUACAAAGCGGCCGGUCUGGU